GUGAUCAUGAGGGUGUCAAGCUGUUCGUUGUUUGGAUUUUGGAGUUUCUUUGUUUUUAGUGGUCUGUCAGUUAUUACCUUUGCAUAUAUCGAUCAUAACAAUGAAGUAUGGACUGAUACGUUUGACCCCAUAAAGCAAAGCGGUCAAUGACUUUCUCGUUGAAAUCAGGCAUGUUGAGGACUAGUUCCCUGCAUUCAGACGUUCCUGGCCCAUUGAAUUUCACAGGAAUGUCUUAACUCAUGUCAAAGUUGAGAAACAUCUCUCAGCUUCUGCUGUUGUCAUGGGAGUAGUUAUGAGGAUGUUCAACAGAGUCACAGUCUCAGAGAAUAUCUCCUGGAGGUUGUAGCUCAUGAGAACCUGGUACAGUGCCAGUGCACCACAGCAGCCCUUGAAUUCAGGAUUCUCAAAGAUCAGAGAGAGUUCUGUCUUGAGCUUUGCCUUGUUCAGCAUGGUGUAUGCAUUCACAGUGGCAUUCAGAGCCUCAUCAGGAAAUGAAUGGCAGUACCUUUCAAACAUAUCUGCUUGCAGUAAGGUAGCACUCACAAGGUGGCCAGUGAAAGAGAACCUUGCUUUGGUGUGAUCCAGGAUGGUGUCGCAGACCUCUUCAGUCUCCUCUUCUCUAAAAGAGAACUAUCGAAUGAUAUUGUUUAAUCUUACCUUAUGGCCUGCACACUGCUUGUGAAGCUGUCGAGGGCCCGUUUGAUGAAGACAGCAUCGAUGUCCUUCUUCUGGAGCUUCUGGUACAGAGUAUCGACGUGGAGCAUGAUUUUGUGAAAAAGCCACAGGAAAAAAAUUCAAUCUUCAUCAUGUAGCAUCCUCACAUAGCCAGAUGCCUCUCUCAUGGUGGGCUGGUCAAAAUGAACCCAAUGAACCCGUCCUGAUGGCUUCAAAACAUUGUAUGAGGUCGUCUCGAUUCUCGUAGUCAGUGUUCACGACUCUACUGUUGAAUUUCCACCGUGUGGAUGAAGUUCUGGGCAGUCUUCGUGCAACAGUCUGGUCAAGAAUGCUGGGUGAACAUAAAAAGAGGGGGACUACCACCUGCCAACAGCCAGCAUGUCUUCCAGUAUUCAAGCGUUUCCUUUCCAAGCUUCUUAAAGAAACUGAAAAACUUGCCCAUCUUGAUGAUGCAAACAUAGUCAUGCAUUAUGACACUGAGGUGAAGCUGUCCAAGCAAUCAGUGGCAGAGAUCCAGAAGCUUUUAAAUGAUGAAAACAGCUGGACCACUGGAGGCAUGGAUGAGGCUCUCAGUCAAAUUCUGGUCAACUUCAAACUCCAUGACCAUGAAGCUUGGAAGUGGCGAUUUGAAGAUACCUUUCAUGUAGACAUUUACACUGUCAUGGAGAUUCUUAUGUGUGUUCUGAUUAUCUGCCUUAUAAUGUUGGUUGUGUGGCCCUGGUUUUUCCAGUUCAAGAAAUGGUUUACUGUCUGCUUUUUUAUUAGCAUUAUCUGGAACUGGUUCUAUCUUUAUAUGCUUGCUUUUUCUGAGCACCAGAAAAAUGUUGUGCAGAUGGAGAGCUUCAAUGAGAAAUGUAGUGGGAUGAAACAAAUGGACUGGAAGGACAGUUUGUCAGAGUGGUAUAGAAGUACAUGGACUCUUCAAGACGACCCUUGCAAAAAGUACUAUGAGGUCCUGGUGGUGGAUCCCAUUCUACUUGUACCACCGACAAAGGCUAUCACAGUCACCAUAACCAGCUUCGUGACAGAUCCCCUGAAGCAAAUUGGGCAGGGCAUCAAUGAGUUCAUAAGAGCGUCGUUGAAGGAUCUGCCAAUCACUCUCCAGAUCCCUGUGCUUUUUAUUAUUGCACUAGCAAUUGUGGUUUUAUUGUAUGGAAGUACCCGAGCAACUAUGCAGCAUGCCUUACCUGGCCCCAGAUUCAGGGACGUAGCUAACAAAGGUUGAUUCUAUAGGGUCCCACAUUCACAGGGUCCCCAAACUUUUGACAUAAUGAUCUUUUUUCUUUUUUUCUUUGGAGAGAUGUGCAAUGAAGGCUACAGUCACAAUAUCAGAAAUUCAAAUGCAUGUGUAUUAUGUGUAUUGUGAAGUAUAUUAGAUCUGUACAAGUGUCCAAUUGUGCAAAAAGAGAGAUUUUUUACAUUUCCACUUAUAACAUAAAGACUUCAAUAAUCAAUAAUUAAACAAUAAGUAAAAAAAUAGGCAACUCAUGAAGCACAUGCCUACCCAUACGCAGAAAUGUUCACAUAUAAGAAAUUAAACAAUACUGUGGCAGGGCGGAGGGCGGCGCCGGGUAGUGAUUAUACACACCCGGUCCCUUAUCAGGCUAAUUAAGCCUCCGAGAGGGAUAAAGGCCGAUGGCAGACGGUGGUGCGACGAGAGAGAGAUGACAUGUCCGUCAUGUGUGUGUUUUGUCUUUUGUUUCAGUUUACCAAUUAAACUUUUAUUUAUAUUAUCAAGCCGGUUCUCGCCUCCUCCUUUCCAUCGAACUACGUUACAAAUACAAACCAAAACAAAUCCUAAAAUAAAGGUUCAAAUUGGAACCCUCUUUUAAGGUUCAUUCAAGAACCAUCAAGAAUCCUAUUUGAACCUUUUCUAGACAGCCUGCACAGGUCCGUUCUCUUCUUAUACAUUUUUCAUAUCAAUUUAUUAAUACAUAACACAGUAUAAUCAAAUCAUAACAUUUUGUUAAAAAUAAAAAUUGAAAGAGUCUGUACAGAAAAUC